AAAGUAGAGAAUUGUUAAAAACGAAUGAAAACAAGUAGAGAGCCCUUCCUUCCAUUCGUCUUCCCUUCUUCUCUGCCAUCAACCAAGAAGAAAGGCACUGGGUCAAUCCAAGCUUGACCGAUCUUAAUCCCACAGGUUCACCCUCUCAACGGCUACAGUUCUAUACGAUUCUUACUUGACUGUGCUAGGUCAAAACGGAGAGAAUUGUUUGAUAGAGAUGCCUCGCGAUUUGGCACGGUCGCCGUCUCACAGGAGAAGGCGUUCGCCGUCUCCGGUGAAUCAUAGAUACAGCAAAAGAAGCCGAAGAGACCGAAGCCGCUCUCCGUAUUCUUAUAGCAGACGCAAAAGUCGUUCUCCUACCCCGAGACGUCGUAAAAGUCGCUCUCCAACUCCAAGACGUCGUAAAAGUCGAUCUCCGAUUUCGAAGCGUUAUAAGAGGCAAAGAAGUAGGAGUUCUUCAUUGUCUCCUAUUCGCAAAUCUCCUACUUCAAGUCCUGGAUUAUUGCAGCAUAAACAUGUUACUGAAAAAGCAAUAAAGGAGGAUGAAGAAGAGAAGAAAAGGCGGCAACAUGAAGCAGAAUUGAAGCUCAUAGAAGAAGAGACCUCAAAGAGAGUGGAAGAAGCAAUUGGGCAGAAAGUUGAGGAGAGCUUGAAUUCUGAGGAAAUUAAAAUAGAAAUACAGAGUCGGCUGGAGGAGGGACGAAUGAAGCUUCUAAAUGAAGUUGCAGCUCAGCUCGAGAAAGAAAAGAAAGAAGUUAUUAUUGAGGCUAGACAGAAGGAGGAACAAGCUCGGAAAGAGAAAGAAGAACUAGAAGGGAUGCUUGAAGAGAACAGAAGAAGGGUAGAAGAAGCUCAAAGAAAGGAAGCUUUGGAGCAGCAGAGGAGGGAGGAGGAACGGUACAGAGAGCUAGAAGAGCUGCAGAGACAAAAAGAAGAGGCAAUGCGGAGGAAGAAACAAGAGGAGGAGGAACAGCGGUCUAACCAAAUGAAGCUGUUGGGUAAGAACAAAACCCGGCCAAAAUUGUCAUUUGCACUUGGAUCCAAAUAGGCAAGGAUUGGACUUAUGUCCUUAGAGCUGAUUGCAUUUGUGUACUAGAUAUUAAUCUGAGAACCACUUGAUCAAAACAGUUUAUGAUUUACAAUGAAUCAGUUCCAAUUUUUUUGUGUGCCA